GAAGAAGAAGAAGAAGAAGAAGCAGAAGAAAUGUAUGUAGUGGAAGAUAAGGAUUGGGAAGAGAAAGCGAAAAAAAUAAUUAGUAUAGAUCUCGCCGAUGAUUUUCCCGAACGAAGUAAAACCAUAUACGAGUUAGAUUCCUAUGAAGCCAGUGGCCCUUCAUUUUAUGAUAUCUUACAACUUGGUAAAAUAGAUGAAGUCCCAUCAAAACAACAAGAAAUUCAUUAUUCCACGUCUAUGGGUGCUGGUGUAGCAAGGAUCGAUUUAUCUCCUUCAAUUCAACAAACGAUCGGUUGCGUCAUCGGUGAGAAUGUCACUACGGAAUAUCCAUGGGUAUGGGUACAAAAGGAAACCAUCGAAGACGAUCUCCAUCUUCACUCUGAGAGCAGUGAGUUCUUGUCGAUGAAGAACGAGAUCCUUGAGUAUCCUGAAAGGAGAAUGCUGAUCGGUUACGCCCCUUCUGUCACCGAGGAGGGCCAAUUUUACAUUUGUCUAAGCAUCGAGGCAAAGGAAACCGUAUUGCAGCAAAUUCAAAUUCAGAGGCGGAGUCAUGAGAUUCGCGUGAGGAACGCCGUUUACAAGCAGCCAGGCAAGUGGAAGGAUCUAGGAAGUGGCAAGGAGGUCGACGAGAACGUUAUCAAGAAUCAAAGGCCCCAAAUCGAGAUUGAGGUCGUAUCUACGGCGAAUUUGCUCAACGUGCCAAUGAAUCUGGUAGACAGGAGAGCGGACGAUCAAAGGGACGGAUACAUCGACUUGCUGCCAUAUCGGCAGACAUUCGAGAACGUGUCACGAAGCACGAUAAGCAGGCCCACGCAAGUGACGCCCAGCAUCAAGGACAACGACGCCCAGACCCCGCCUUCAAUACCCGUAAAUUCCUGGUUUCAAUACCAAUAUGAGUACAAGCCGAUCGAUAUAUCCGCCUUUACAGAAGAAGAUAUCGAGAAUCUCACGAGAUUUCUACGACGUUAUACCGACAUUAUAUGCGAUCAGGUGCAAAUGAACGCGACGUGGGAUAUUUAUGCGGACGAUUAUACAAAUCUUGCGCAGUACGAAAGAGAUACGAAAGCACCGAUACCAGUAGAAUACAGAGAAUAUCAAAGUUUUUACAGCAAGCUUCAAACGAAGAACAAGGUCAUUAAUGAUCUAUCUUGGCAUCCUUUGUGGACUGGUAUCGCUUGCGUGACCUAUACUCAUUACGGCAAUUCAGAAUACUUUUUGGGUCAAGAAGUGUACGAAGAGGUCCUCAGAGAUUGUGAAGGUGAUAAUUUAGCAUUAGUGUGGUCCUUCAAUGAUUGUUUGAGUCCAAAGUUGGUCCUGGAAUGCCCAAGGGAGAUCAAGUCAAUCUCCAUUUGUCCUUUAGAUGGUAGGAUCAUCAUUGGUGGUUGUGCGAACGGUCAGAUCGCCAUUUGGUCCUUACCGGAUAAUAUUGAAAGCAUAGAAACGAUAAUAGAUCCCACUUCCAUUCAAGUGAAAUAUAAAAUUACUCUACGGUCUCUGAUAACGUGGAUGAAAGAUACCCUUAAAUCGUCGAUCUUAAGACCGGUAGCAAUGUCCUCAUUGCAAUACAGCCAGAAAGCUGCUAUAACCAAAAUAACUUGGAUACCGUCUUACUACAAGGUCGAGAAGAACGGUAGAAUCACAUCUUUGGAGAACGAUACGACCUUCGAAAAUCUUUCCAUGCAAUUCAUUACCUGUAGCAUGGAUGGAACCAUUGCCUUUUGGGAUCUCAAGUUAGUAUUCACAAUGUUUGCAAAGGAGGAAACUAAGAAAGUAAAUCAAAAAAAAGCAUAUCCUCCUAUAUUGAUGGAAUCUGUUUCACCCUUUCGAUCGUUCGAUCGUAUUUGGAAACCAUAUUACAUACUUUUCAUUCAAUAUCCAAACGAGAGUCGUUAUCCGAUGUUAAGCACGUUCACCAUGUACUUUCCGAAAUUAAAGAAAGACGAAGCAUUUCCAGUUAUGAAGAUGGAUAUUUCAACAAGACGAUGCUUUAAAUUCAUAUUGGAGAAACCCGAUUAUAUAAUGGAACCGGAAAUUUUUAUUGGCACAGUCGAAGGUUAUGUCGGACUUAUUACUUGGGAGGGAUUCGAAAACCUUUCAGACGUUAACAGUUUGACUAAUCGAGAAAAAUGCAAAUGGAAGUGGAUAAAGCGUAUACACGAUGGGCCGGUUACGCACAUGGCGAGAUCCGAGUUUCACAAGAAUAUCGUUGCUACCAUAGGCGGACGUAUUUUUGCUGUUUGGAGAGAGGACUUUGGAGAGCCGGUUAUUUGGAAAAAAUCGGAACUGCGUUACUCGGGUUGCUGCUGGACCAACAUCCGUCCAACGAUUUUACUUUUGGCGCGAUUAGACGGAUCCAUAGAAAUUUGGGACUUCAUCGUCAAGAGUCAAGAACCGACUAUUACGCAAAGCGUGUCUGGCCAUAUAAUUAUGGGCGUUUAUAUACAUGAAUUACCCUUGGACCCACAGUGCAUAGCAAUCUGCGACUAUAAUGGUACUCUGAGGAUAUUCACCGCCCCUCCAAUAUUACUGACGUUCGACGUUAGCAAUAUUAAAUGGAUGCAAGAUUAUGUCGAUCAGCAAGUCGAUAGAAUAUCUAAAUUUAAAAACUGGCAAGAUGCUUGGAAUAUAAAGAACUUUGAAAGGAUCCAUAAGAAAAAGAAAUUAGACGAGAAGGAAGUAGAAGAGAAACGUUUAGAAGCAAAAAUAAAGCAUCAAGAAGAAAUGGCCGAGAUAUUAAGGAAAGCCAAAGAAGAAGAAAAGACAAAAAGAAAAAAACGGAAGCCUUGGCAAUUUAUAGAAGAAACUAAAGAACGUUGGCGUGAGAUGGAAAUGAAACGCAUGCAAAUAACUGUCCUCGAGAAGAAAGGUCUCAGGAGGGACGUUCUUGAGAGACAACGAGCGCCAAUUUUAAAAUUACGCCAAGAAGCUCAGAGAAAAGAUAGAAAAAUUCGCAAGAUUCUGCAAGAACGAGACCAGAUUUUCAAGGAGACCAUAACUUUUCUCUUUCCGGAGCAGGAAAUCAAUCAUAAAUCGGACGAUCGCGAUCAAAUAUCCUUGCCUUACAUCAUCCCGAAGCCCUUAAAAGAUACAAAAUUAACGACUGAAAUCCCUAUCGAGAAAUCUAAGGUUCAAGAAGAGGCACAACGAAUAAUUGAGGAAUAUCACGCAGUCGAACAAGAAGCUUUGGAAAAAAUGUUAUAUCAAGAAUUUCGCCACGUGUUCGAUUGGCCAACCGUUUUAAAGAAAGCGAGACAACGAAAGCACAGUAUUUAUAUAUAAAAAUAUCAAUGAAUACAAUUUCCAAUAGUAUGAAUUAUA